AAUGCUAAUAUCUGGAAUGCAAUUAAGGCAUUCGCUAACACCUCGCUACUUUGCGGGUGUGUUUAACAAGCGUAAGCCUACAAAGAAAGAUCUUGAUCAUUAUGAUGUUGUAAUUAUUGGAUGUAAUUUGGGAGGUGUAUUAAGCAGACAACUUGAUAAGGUAUUAGGAUAUUUUAAUAAUAUAUUAGGUUUCACAUGGAAAAUACAAGACAAUGGUAGUAUUGGAUUAGAAUAUUAAUUAAAUAACACCAAUUAGAUAAAUCUAUGAACAAUAGAAGACAGCAAAGACAGAUUUCUUAUUAAAUGCCAAAUUGUCACUUAAUAUGUAUACAGCUCACUCAGAUUAAGUGGGAUGCCAAACAAUAUUGCCAGAAGAGAAUGCCAUCAUAUUGAGAAAUGGCAGACGUAUUGGUUAUGGUCAAUUAGUUGUGGCUAUGGGUAUAAUAUAUAUAUGUUAACAUUUUUAUAGGUUAAUAGGUAAAUUAUGAUGCAAUCAAGGGAUUUGAAGAAGCUUGGUAAGAUUUUGAUUCUCCAGUCUUCACAAAUCUUGAUCAUCCAAGUUGGAGAUCAUCAAAUCAUAAAUAUACAAGAUGGCAUUAUAAUUUCAAUCAUGGUGAAGCAUAUUUCUGCAUUCCAUAAUUCCCAUUUAGUGGAGAAGUGGAAUCCUAUAAUUUUUUAUUGAGUUAAAGAAUUUGGGAAUGGUAAACUGCAAAUGGUCGUCAAUCACCAAUCAAGAGACUCACCAUAGUUUAACCAAAUGAACGAUUUGUUUAGUAUAAUGAUGCAGGAGAUUAAUUCUUUAAGGAGGAAAUUAAAAAAAGAAAUAUCAAUGUAGAAUAUGGUUUGAAAUUGGUUGAAGUGAAUAAAUAACAAAAUACAGCAGUUUUUGAAGAUGUUAAAACUGGUAAUAGAUAAACAAGACCAUUUAAUCAUUUAUAUGCAGUUGCACCCACUAAACCUCAUGAUUAAUUAGUAAAGGCUGGUCUGACUACAUAAAAGGGAUUAUUGGAUGUUAACAUCAAAACAUUAUAACAUAAUAAAUACAAGAAUAUAUUUGGUCUUGGUGAUGUGAAUGAUGUUCCAACAACAAAUUGUUUCUGGGCAGGAUUCCAUUAACUUCAUGUUGUUAGAAAUAAUAUCGAAAGAAACAUAGCAGGUAAAUCACUAAAUGCCGAAUAUGAUGGAUAUAGUAAAGUACCAAUUUUGUUAGGAUAAAAUACUCUAACAUUUUUAUGUCAUAAAUAUAACAAUGAGAAUGCAUGGCAUAACCUUUAUUUUUCAAAUGGAGGCUUUUUGGCUGCUUUAAGGUAAAAUAAUUUAAUUAUAAAUAUAGAUAUUAUAAUUGGUGCAAGAAUUUCAAGAAAGCAUUCAUAGACAUUUAUUUGGAAAAGAAUUGGGGACCUCCUUAUUACAAGAUUAAGAAGAGCUUCAAAUUGCCAGAAGGUGAAAGCAAUGAUCAUGGAUUUUUGGCUAAGUUAUUACCAGGCAAGAAAGAAGCACAUUGAA